UUGUCAGUGAAGUCUGUCGUCAGCAAUCACAGCCAGUUCCGUGUUCGUAUCGCUGAUCAACUGACCGAAGAGCAGAUUGCCGAAUUCAAAGAGGCGUUCUCACUAUUCGACAAGGACGGUGACGGCACAAUCACCACCAAGGAGCUCGGUACCGUCAUGCGAUCACUCGGCCAGAACCCGACCGAAGCUGAGUUGCAAGAUAUGAUCAACGAAGUGGACGCCGACGGCAAUGGUACGAUAGAUUUUCCAGAAUUCCUCACUAUGAUGGCUCGAAAGAUGAAAGACACAGACAGCGAGGAGGAAAUCAGAGAGGCCUUUCGUGUCUUCGACAAAGAUGGCAACGGGUUCAUAUCAGCUGCUGAGCUACGGCAUGUCAUGACCAAUCUCGGGGAAAAGUUGACCGACGAAGAAGUGGACGAAAUGAUCAGAGAAGCCGAUAUCGAUGGCGAUGGCCAGGUCAACUAUGAAGGUAGCAUCUGA